UAUGGUAUGAGCUAUCUAAACUAAAGUACUAGUUAGUGGUUACUAGUCAUUAGUUGCAUCUGCAUAUAUCUCCAAUCUCCAUGAACCAUGAUUAUUCCUGUUCCAGUUCCACCCUUGAAGCUUCUUCGACUUCAACCCCAUCUUCCAUAUUUUUCUAUUUCCCAAACUACCCCUCUCCCUCCACCUCAUUUUCUCUCUCCUUCCCUUCACAAAUCCACUCUUUUCCCCAGGUUCAAACCCACCUUCAAUUUCUUCAGAGUUUCAAAACCUGAAGCACCAAUUGCUACCAAUGAAGGUGGUGAAUACUCUUCCAAUGUUUUUUCACCGGAACUUGAAGACUUGUCCCCAAACGGUGUCGUUUAUAAGAAAACUCUGGCAUUGGUUGAGUGCUCCAUGUUUGCUGCGCUCACUGGCUUGGUCUACUUCUUGAGCAAUUCUCUCUCAAUUGAGAAUUACUUUGGUUGUGUCUUCUCGUUGCCAAUAGUAAUCUCCUCGAUGAGAUGGGGCAUUGCAGCAGGAAGGAAGACUAUGGUGGCAACAACUAUGCUAUUACUUGUCUUGUCUGGUCCAGUGAAAGCCUUAACCUAUCUGCUUAAACAUGGAAUAGUUGGGUUAACAAUGGGCACUUUGUGGAGGUUGGGAGCAAAUUGGACUGUUUCAAUUUUGUCGUGCACAACUGUUCGAGCAAUUGGUGCCGUGGGGUAUGUCUUGAUAUCUUCAUUUUUACUGAGGGAAAACAUACUUUCUUUGAUCACCAUUAACAUUCAUGCUUCUCUAACGUUCAUGUUCACUGCUUUGGGUGUUCAUACAAUUCCAUCAAUGAACAUGAUAUAUGCCAUUUUUACAACCUUGGUUUUAUUGAAUAGUGGAUGCUUCAUAUUCUUGCUCCACCUUUUGUAUUCAGUGUUCCUUACCAAGCUUGGGAUGAAGGCUUCAUUGAUAUUACCAAGAUGGAUAGAGAGGGCCAUAUAAUUGCCUCAUUGACUCAUUUUUAGCGUAUGUAAUACCAUGCACUAAAUGGCCGAUAGCCGUUUAACUCAAUUGGCACUUUUUGGUGUUUUCAACGGAGAUGCCAAAUGUUCAAACCCCUCUCCCUAUUUGGUUAGAAUUGGUAUAUGUAUUAAAGUCCAUGGUUCCGUCAUAUAUUCAAGUAAUUUGAAUUGAUAAAUAUAUUUGAUAUCUCAUUGCAAUUACUGUCA